UCUCAACUCACACUUCGUUCUUCCUUUGACGCCGUCAGAUAAUCCGAACUAAAAAAGAGAGGAGAAAAAGUCAAUUUUUCUUCCAUCACCCAUUUAUUACGACAAGGCUUCAUUCAACCGAUGAAUAACGCUACAAUCCAAACACGGCAAAACCCAUUUCCCAUUUCUUUCUCGUCUUUUCUCUUCUCUUCUCUUCGCUUUUGCUUCUUUUCUCCCCCACGCUCACGUUAGCGAUCAUGGACCUUAUGCACCAUUCUUCCAGUUUUCUUCUUCCCACCAUUCCCCCUGACCCUCACCACUGCCCUUCUCUAACGUACGCUCUAGUCCUUCUUAACCAAAGCCUCCCGAGAUUCACUCCUCUGCUCUGGAAGCACGGUCAGCUUCGCCUCUGUGCUGACGGUGGCGCCAACCGUUUGUACGAUGAAAUGCCUCUUUUGUUCCCUCUGGAAGAUGCCUCUGAUGUUCGAUGCAGAUACAAACCGGAUGUAAUUAAAGGAGAUAUGGAUUCAAUACGAACGGAAGUACUUGACUUUUACAUGAGCCUAGGAACAAAGAUUAUUGAUAAAUCUCAUGAUCAAGACACCACGGAUCUUCAUAAAUGUGUAACAUACAUUCGCGACGUUGCUCCCAAUUUGGAUAAGUCUAAUCUUUGCAUUCUUGUUGCUGGAGCACUUGGUGGACGAUUUGACCAUGAGAUGGGAAACCUAAAUGUCAUUUGUCGUUUCUCAUCCCUGCGAAUAGUCCUUUUAUCUGAUGAUAGUCUCAUCCAUCUUCUUCCAAGGACUCACCGUCAUGAGAUACAUAUUCAAACUUCUGUUGAGGGCCCACACUGUGGACUCAUCCCACUUGGGAUGCCAUCAAGGAGUAGUACAACAACUGGGCUUCAGUGGGAUCUGAAUAACACAGAGAUGAGAUUUGGUGGUCUAAUAAGCACAUCGAAUAUAGUUACAGGAGAUAAAGUUACGGUGCAAUCUGAUUCUGAUCUUCUUUGGACCAUUUCCAUUAAGAAGUUGUAGCCUCUAUAUGUGUUUUCAUGAGUAGCUUAGGCUGCAGAUUUCACAUUUUGUAAACCUAGGAUCACUUUGCUCCCUUCUGAUUCUUAUGCCUAUAAUAUAUCUGGAUUGUUUUUAGGUUGGGACAAUGUUCAAAUAAAAACCGUACCAUGACACCACUCAUUAUCUCCUUUAUGAUUCUUUUGCAGUAUUAUUCUACCAUACCAUUGUAAAUUUAGAGGUCCAGUUAGAAAUACGAAGAUCCUAUAUCCAAGUGUUGGUCACUUAUUUGUAAGCUUCAGUUUGGUUCUAUAUUAUUUAUUUAUGAAUGGUUGGGUUGUUGAUGAUGAUGGUGUACGUCAUUUCGAAAGGUUGUUGGCCAGGCAGCAGUGAUGAAAAGCUGCAAUGUUGUCCGGAUAUCAACGGACAGCUUUUCUAUUCUGUCCAAAUUAAGUAAACCCUUUAUAUAGCACGUGGGUAGUAAGCCGACAAAGUUUGUUCCAAUCCAAAAAGCUUUGUUCUAAAUUUUAACCAAUCCCUUCAACUUUAAGUUGCAAA